AUGAAUGAAAGACAAAAGGCUGAAUUAGAAGGAAAUAAAGGAAAAAGUUUAUUUUGCAAGAUUUCACUUAAUGGAUCAUAUGGUUACGAUGCAAUGAAUACACAAAAUUACGCAAAGACUAAAAUAAUGAAUGCACAGAAGGCACGCGUUGCAUGUAUGUCAAAUAAGUUUAAAAACAUAAGAGAAAUAGGAGAGGAUACGUAUCAAGUGAUGCUUAAAGAUAGAUUUUAUAGAUGUGAUACAUGUUUACAAGAGGCAUUCUUCACUUUAGAUAACGCAAAAUACUGGUAUUUGGUUUUCAUUUAUGAUUUUAUGUAUAAAUGCAUGGAUGUUAAUCGUUUUCAUUUCAUUGAAGGUGAUACUGAUUCAUCUUAUUGGGCAAUCGCUGGCGACCCAAAUCUUCCUAACACUCAAGCAUUUCAAGCAAUUGUAACCGAUAAAAAAUUUUAUGAUAAAAACAUUUACAAAUUCGCACCUUUUGAUUUCUUCUGUUUUAAUGAGAAAUUUAAACCUAAAUUAAAGAAUAAAGCUGAAGAAAAAGCACAUGAGAAGAAGUUAUUGGGUUUAGCAAUUGAGAAACAAGGUGAUAACAUGGUUGCUUUAUGUCCUAAGUGUUAUACUUCAUUCAACGGUUCAAUUGAUGGAAGUGAUUUUAAAAAGAUUGCACAAAAAAUGAAAGGAGUUAGUUUACGACAAAAUAAACAAUUAACACCUAAAAAUUAUUUGGAUAUAAUAAAUGAUAAAGUGAUAUUUGAUGGUCAGAAUAUUAAUUUACAACUUAAAAACGGGUCAAUGACUCGCUUAACAAUCGGUAAGACUGCAUUAACAGGAGCACACACUAAGGCUGUAUGUUGUGAAAAUGGAUGUUGUAUGCCAUUUAUUUAA